CUGUGCGUUUAUCAUGCACACGGCACAAGAUACUUUCAUGGCGCACGUGUUUUAUUGUGAACCCUCGUCAGGUGCUUUAUGUAAAACUAUAGAAGCAGCAUGUAAGCUUAGGUACCAGAAAUGCCUGGACGCUCACCCCCAAGGUUUGGGGAACCCUAGUACUAAUGUACAUACUCCUGGCAGCAGUAUUGGAGCCGCUUUGAAAUCAAUCGUAGGAUCGCUUAGAGGUCGAAAGAGCAAGAGUACAGAGUCUUGAGAUAACUUUAUCUUAAUUCAGG